AUGACUCAUGCGUCUCAGUCUGAUUGGCCAGCGUCUAUUGACGCUUUCUCCGGCUUCGCAACGACCCAGAAGUCAAGGCCAAGCGGGACAGCCUCGUUUCAGGCCCUACGAAACCGGCCCGUUGCCUUAUCGGCGCUGGUGGCCCGUCUUGUCGACGCCUCAGCCCUCAAUCGUUGGGCUGGCCAGGCUGGUUGGUGCUUCAGUUGCUUGUUCAGUUGGUUGCCCGACACUGACGCGGCUGUCGAGUCGUCAACCUCUCGUUUUCGGCUCACCGCGGCCUCGAGCUCCACUUCCGCCUCUGGCCAGACAGUUCAGGUCUGCACUGCUAUGGUAGUUGGUGCCUAUUUGUCGAGCCCAUCGGGCACAACUCCCUCUCUGCCGAGCCGUCCAGAUCUGGAUCGUCCAGGUCCUCUUCUUGUGCGUCCCACGGCCUCGAAGAUCUAUCGCCAUUGUGAGGCUGUUUGUAUUACUCCUCCUCCCGAUCGUCUUCUUUUUGUACGUCUCGUCUCGAGUCGCUUCGAUUGUGCCUUCCUCGAAUGUUGCUCACUCCGUCCUCCUCGUUUUGGCGUAUCUCGAAAUGCCAUUCGCGAUUCGUGGAUUCGGUAA